AUGUGCAAGGCAGGGAGACACUUCUUUGUUUGUUGUUUGCUCGCGCGUCACAGUGCGAUUCGGUCUGCAAAUGUGUUGUGUUCCUCAAGGCCAUAUCUCAUGGGACCUCGAGAUUGGUUUGCACGAGUGGAUACCAGUGUCCUCUUCUCAAAGAUGCAUCCCAUGCUCGAGCGCGUGGUUCGGGCCACGAUCAACAGCGUGUCGCGGCGCCAUUUCCCGUCCAUCUUGGUCAACAGCCGCUUGCCCAGCAAUGUGGAAGAGGAAUUGGUGGCUUUAGCUAUGGAGCAGGUGGAGGAAACCUUCCCAGAGAUGUGGGACAAGAUCGUGGACCUUCUUUGUGACUCCGAGCGAGGCCUGGACAAUGAUGGCAUGAUCGUCAGCGUCUUCACCCAGAACAAGGAGCUCCUGAAUCUUUUCUUCCUCUCUUUGGGGGAGAAGGAGUUUCGCUUCAUCGAGCGUUGUGGGGCAGCUCUUGGCUUUGUGUGCGGUCUCAUCCAGCUCAUGGCCUUCAACCACUUGGAUGCAACAGGUCGAAUGAUCCUCUUGCCGGGCACGGGCUUCUUCCUGGGCAUUUUCACCAACUGGCUUGCCAUCCAGAUGUGCUUCAAGCCCUGCUUCCCACGACCCAUCAAUGUUUGUGGGAAACACAUCUACACUAUCCAAGGGCUUUUUCUCAAGAGACAGAGGGAUGUUGCCGUUCUUUAUUCCAAAAUGCUGGUAGAUCACUUUUUUGACUUUGACAAGGUGGUGGAGUAUUUGCAGACUUUGCCGGUAUGGGCGGAUCUGCAUGAUGCAUACUGCCAAAACACCAACAAGAUGAUGAGAAAGACCAUGGGCCCGGUGACCGGAUGGAUAGCACGGCGGGUGGCGUUGGGCCCGGAGAAGUUCAAGGCCUUGGAGGAUGACUUGGUGGGAGCGUCUGCAGAACGCAUUGCGGAGUCAGACGAUCUUCACGAGGCUGCUGCCCAGUACAUCUCCGUUGCCACUGAUGUGUUCAGGUCCAAUGCCAGUGCCAUGCAAAGAAUGCCACCUGACGAGUUUGAGAAUCUGCUUCAUCCGGUCUUUCAAGAAGAUGAGCCUUGA